AUGGAGGGUGGCAAAGCAGGACGACGGGUUGAAGGGUGGCAAAGCAGGACGACAGGGCAGGGCAGCAGUGCAAGGCGAGACGGCAUGACGGCAGUACAGGGUGACAGGGCUAGGUGGCCGGGCAGGGCCGUAAGGGAGGGCGUCAGGGAAGGUCGACAGGGCAGAGAGAUAAGUCAGGGCGGUAACAUUUAUUCAUUAAUUUCAAAACGUAGAGCCACGGAAGUGGUGCAAAAUACAUUUUCUGUUUUAAACAAACCAAACAUGAUUGUUCAACAUCUCGAUUAUGUUUACGCGCUUUGUGGGCUGGAACUUUUGUUUGAGUCCCCUGAGAGCCUUUUGCCACAGGCUUGUUUCUCUGGGUCCUCCUGCCCCUGGGUGACCUCUGAACAGAGCCCAAAAGUACAUGACCUCGGUCAAGCAUCAUGUUUCAAUCACCUGAACCUAAAAUAUUGUGAACAAAACGUCGUGGACAUAAUAGAGGUUGGUAAUCAGAGUCGAGCGGCGACUUUACAUUUUCCGCCUAAGUAUGAAGUUAAUUGGAGCUGUCUAGGUUCGCUUCCGGCUAUAAACAGUUUCCAUUUGAUGAUAUGUUUUCUUAAAACAGUGAACGAAGCAUCAAUGAAUGUAAAGUUUCAACUUGACAGUAUUUGA